CUGGACGCGCGCUCCCCGCGCAAGGCGGGAAGUGGCGUGAGGAUGUGUGCGCGCACGCAGGCGGGGCAGGCGUACGCGCGGAGCCCGGGCCUUGGCGGACAGCGGAGCGCAGGCCGCAGUCGUCAGCAACAGCAGCCUGCUUUGGAGCUGGAUGGAGUGGGCUUUGAAGAGAAAUGACUGACCAGGAGAAUAACAAUAACAUAUCUAGCAACCCCUUUGCAGCUCUCUUCAGUUCUGUGGCUGAUGCCAAACAAUUUGCCUCUGUUCAAAAGCAGCAACCCCCUGAAGUCCCACCAGUCCAUCCAGGAUCUCCAGAAGAAGCUUACGACAGUGAAGAUUCUGACAUCAGUAGUAUUGAGAGCAUUGACAAUGACUCGAUUACAGACUCCAAUCGUGCAUUUCGUUCCCAAAAGGAAAUAUGUGAACAACUCAACAUCAACCACAUGCUUCAGCGCAUCUUUCUUAUUACACUUGACAACAGUGAUCCGAUUUUGAAGGGGGGGAAUGGAAUUCCACCGCGCUGUGUGUUUUUGGAGGAUAUGGCCAUGGAUCUGGAUGGACAGGACUGGCUUGACAUGAACAAUGUUGAACAGGCUUUGUUCAGUCGAAUGCUGAUUCCAGAACCAGGAACUCAUUUGAUCUGGAUGACACCAGGAAACAUUAUUAAUGUAACUGCUGAUCGAGAUGCUGGAGAGAAGGAAGUUAUGAAAUACCUGUUUGCUUGUUUCCGAAGAGUGAAAGGCGAGAUUACAAAGGUCCCAGAAAACCUAUUGACAUACGCUGUUCGUUGUAAGGUGCUCACUGUGUCUAAUGCACGCACUGCCCUUCUCACACCUGAGAUCUAUGCCAAUCAGAAUAUCUACGAACAAGUAGUUGAUUUGCUUCUUGAAGGAGUAAGUGGACCACAGUUUGAAGAUGUUGCUGAGUUCAUGGAUGAAGUAAUAAUUAUGUUAAAGGCAGAUGAGGAGGUCAGGACAUUCAAUGAAGUCAUAUUUCCAGUGUUGGACAUAAUAUUGCACCGUAUCAAAGAGUUGGAUCUCUGCCACAUGAUGCUGUAUGGCUAUCUGGAUAUUCUUCUUUAUUUCACCCGGCAAUUUGAUCUAGCACAAGCUUUCUUGGAGCACAUUGAACCAAAGGAUCCAAAAAGUGGUAACUUGUACCAGCAGACCCUGCUGGGAACUGUACUGAACAUUUCUUGUUUGCUGAAGACUCCAGGACUGGUGGAAAGUCACUUGUAUUUUUUGAAUCCCUCGCGAUCUAGUCCUCAGGAAAUAAAAGUCCAAGAGUCAAAUAUUCACCAGUUUAUGGUUCAAUUUCAUGACAAAAUCCAUCAGAUUCUGCGGAACCUCAUCCAGCUUUCCCCUGAUACAAAGCAUGGCAUCCUUUCCUGGCUCGGAAACUGUCUCCAUGCCAACUCUGGACGGACAAAAAUCUGGGCCAACCAGAUGCCAGAUCUCUUCUUCCAAAUGUAUGCAUCAGAUGCCUUCUUCCUGAACCUUGGUGCUGCUUUGCUGAAACUCUGCCAACCCUUCUGCAAACCAAAGUCACCUAAGCUUCUAACUUUUAACCCUACUUAUUGUUCCUUGAAGGAACUGAAUGAAGAAGAGCAGAAAAGUAGAAAUGUACACAUGAAAGGCUUGGACAAGGAGACCUGCUUGAUUCCAAUGCCACAGGGACUGGAGCCACCAUUUGCUGAAACGUACAACCUGGUCACAGAGAAUUUAAUCUUGACUCAAUUUGCUUUGCGCUUGGGUUUUCACAGAUUACACGAUCAAAUGAUAAAGAUGAACCAGAGCCUGCACCGGCUGCAGGUUGCCUGGAGGGAAGCGCAGCAGUCUUCCAAUCCAGCUGCAGACAACCUGCGUGAGCAAUUUGAACGGCUGAUGACUAUUUACUUAUCAACUAAAGCAGCAGCCACAGAGCCGCAGAUGCUCCAGAACUGUAUGAACUUGCAGAUCUCCACCACAACGAUAUUGGUCCAGUUUUCUCUAGGCAACCAAGGAACAGAAUACGUGGAGGUGAAAUUCCCUCUUCUGGAUGUGGAAUACUGCAUGCUUUCUCAUGUUCCAGAAUUCUUUGCUGAAAAUCUGGGAGAUUUUUUCAUCUUCUUACGAAGAUUUGCAGAUGACAUUCUGGAAACUGCAGGCGAUUCCCUGGAACAGCCUCUAAACUUUGUCACUGUGUUCAUGGGUAACCUAGAGAGGAUGAAGAACCCUCACUUGCGAGCAAAGCUGGCUGAGGUGCUUGAAGCUGUGAUGCCUCACAUGGAGCAGGUGCAGAACCCAAUGAUCAGCAGCAUGUUCCACCGAGAGCGGGUCUUCUCCUCAUUUCGGCAGGCAUAUUAUCUCGCUGAAGCACUUAUCAAAGUGUUCGUGGACAUUGAAUUCACAGGAGAUCCACAUCAGUUUGAACAAAAAUUUAACUACAGACGACCUAUGUACCCUAUCCUAAAAUACAUGUGGGGAUAUGAUAACUACAGACAAAGCAUCAAGAAUUUAGCUGACUAUGCAUUUGACAACUUGGAGGCAAUGAACCCUCCACUUUUUCUCCGAUUUCUCAAUUUGCUCAUCAAUGAUGCCAUCUUUCUGUUGGAUGAAGCCAUCCAGUAUUUGAGCAAGAUUAAGAUUCAACAAAUUGAGAAGGACCGAGGAGACUGGAAUAAUUUGCCUCCCGAAGCUCGUAGGGAAAAGGAGGGCAACCUUCAGAUGUUUGGGCAACUUGCACGUUUUCACAACAUCAUGUCCAACGAAACAAUCGGAACUUUGGCCUUUCUCACUUCAGAAAUCAAGGCCUUGUGUGUGCAUCCCAUCCUUGCUGAGCGGAUCAUCUCGAUGCUGAAUUACUUUCUUCAGCACUUAGUGGGGCCUAAAAUGGGUGCCCUCAAAGUCAAGGAUUUCAGUGAAUUUGACUUUAAGCCUCAACAGUUGGUGUCUGACAUUUGCACCAUCUACUUGAACUUGGGAGUGAAGGAGGGUUUCUGUGCUACAGUGCCAAAGGAUGGGCGCUCCUAUUCCCCUAUGUUAUUUGCACAAACGGUGAGAGUAUUGAAAAAGAUCAACAAGCCUGGCAACAUGAUCAUGGCAUUCAGUGAACUGGCUGAUAAAGUAAAGUCUCUCGCAGACCUGCAACAGCAAGAAGAGGAGACAUUUGUAGAUGCACCAGAUGAAUUCCUGGACCCAAUAAUGAGCACACUGAUGACUGAUCCAGUUUUGCUGCCCUCCUCUCGGGUGACAGUUGACAGGUCAACCAUAGCUAGGCAUCUCCUCAGUGACCAAACGGAUCCAUUUAAUCGUAGCCCACUCACAAUGGAUCAGAUCAAGGCAAACUCAGAAAUAAGAGAGAAAAUUCAGCAAUGGCUGGCAGAAAGGAAACGACAGAAGGAUCAAAAUGGGCAGACAUAGAAUGAUAAAGCAAAAAAACAAAUGAAAUGUGCAGUUGUGGAACACUUUACUGCUGUUUAUACCUGCCUACUGUACCAGGACUAUCCAGGGACUAUACCUUAAUGGCAUAUCUUAAUUCAUCUUCACAACCCUUGUUCAGUACGAAUCAAUCUAACGGAAUGUUCUUCUUGUAGCUGUGUAAGAGCUUGGCCCAGCACAGUUUCACUUUUGCUCUUAGGCAGCCAACUGCCAGCAUUAGCAAAUAGCAUUCAAUGUUUUCCUAAUGAGUUGGCUGACUAGAAAUCAGUACUUGGAGAAUACCUUAACAUAAGUCAAAUGAAGGAGGAAUUCUUGACUAACACAAUGGCUGUUUCAGUUGGCGUAUUUAGUAACCUUGAAAUUAUGCUGUGUGGUAUUAAUCUUCAAGCAUUAUUUGUGCUUCUAUGAAAUUCCUUUUUCAGUUGUUUCAAUGGGCCUGCUAACUUACUCUAUGGGGUUUAGAGACUCCACUUAAAUAGCAGAAAAAGGAAUUUGAUAGCUACUGCAGCACAUCAUUCCCAGGCCUGUUUUUAUUUCUCUGUAACUUAUCAGGAUCAUUUUUUUUUAAAGCAUUGGAUGCUUAUUUAUCCAGCUAGAAAAGCUUUAUGGGUGUAAAGUGGGAAGCAACUAAUAGUAAUGCACCUGCAUUGGUGAACUUGGUCUUUAUAACCAGCAUGCCUCAAGACUAGUACCAUUGUACAUUUUCCGUAAAAUUAAUCUACAAAGAGAAGGUGGGGUAACUCCUAACGUGUUGCUUAAAUUGUUUGGGGGAAAAAAAUCAACUGGUACUUCCAUGCCAGGAUUUGCAUCGAGGAACAUCAAAAAAUCCCUUAAAUUAUAUCCUUGAUACCAGUUGUGUGGUUGAAUCCUUCCAAACGUUGGCAUGUUCCAAUACAUCUGCAAGUAUUGUACACUGGGAACUCAACCUCAUAACUCUGUUAAACAAAAUAUUAUAGUUUUUAUCCAUGUUUAGUGUACAGAAACAGAUCAUCUAUAUUAGGAAGUCAAUAAAUAGUUAAUAUAAUGUGCAGAAUGCUCAAUGACUUAAAAAAAGCUAGCUGUACUCCCAGACAGAUGAGCACAAUGAUAACCAAACUCCUGCAAUGUUUACCCCCCUCCCCUACCCACCAUUGGAUUCCCAUUUGGAAAACCAGGUAUUGUACAAGAAAACUCAAGCACUUGAAUUGGUUUGGCCGCUUAAUAAAAAUGUUUCCAUUGUA